AUGGGCGAGUGCAAGGAUGCAAGUUUUGAGGAUGAGCACAUGGCCCUUCGAGUUGGCUCGGUUUUCAUUGUGUUGGUUCUUUCUGCCAUCGGGGUGUUCUUCCCUUUGCUAGGGCUCAAGAACGAAAUCUUCCACAUUCCGAAAAUCAUUUUGUUUGCUGUUCGUUUUUUCGGUUCGGGCGUCAUUGUUGCAACGGCUUUUAUCCAUCUUUUAGGUGACGCGUCCGAAUACUUGUCAAAUGAGUGUCUUGGUAACGGCUGGCACGAAUAUCCAUGGGCUCCCGCGUUUGCUCUUAUGGGAGUAUGGAUCAUGUUCACCAUCGAGCUUGCAGUGAACGAGUACGUGAAACAUAAUGGCCUUAAGAGACUGGACGGGUGCAGUGGCUGUGCGGAGUUGAUUGUUGAAGAAGACGGUGUUCGAGAGAUGAAUCCAGACCCAUACCAUCACCGCAACAGCCUUCAUCUGCAUUGUGCAAAUAGUCACCAGCUUCAAAGUAUCGAAGGCGACGAAGUCAAGAAAGACGAGCCUGUUGCCAAGACGUCCAGUGAUAUUAGAGCUAGAGACUUGGAGGCCAACACGGCCUCCGAGCUUUCAGAAAGCACUUACCGCACGCUUGUGAGCAUUUUUAUUCUUGAAUUUGGCAUUUUGUUCCACUCUGUCUUUGUGGGGUUGUCGCUUGCCAUUGCCCAGGAUGAGUUCAAGACUUUGUUGGUGGCGAUAUCAUUCCACCAGUUCUUUGAGGGAAUGGGUCUUGGUGCGAGAUUUGCAGGUGCCAUCUGGCCCAAAAACCAGCACUGGGUACCCUGGGCGCUUGCUGCUGGGUUCUCGUUGACUACCCCUAUCGGUGUGGCCGUAGGUCUUGGUGUGCGUCACUCGUACUCAGAAGAGUCCAAGUCGUCGUUGCUUACUGUUGGUAUCUUUAAUUCUUUCUGCGCCGGCAUUUUGAUCUACAAUGGAUUAGUGGACUUGAUGAGUCAAGACUUCAUCCACGGCGAUUUCUUACGGGCGUGCCGAUGGAAGAAGGUUGCAUUUGCCUACGUGAUGCUCUCGUUAGGCUGUCUUUUGAUGGCCUUUAUUGGCAAAUACGCAUAA